CCACUGUGUAGUUAGACCCUCCAUAUAUGGAAGCAAAGAUUCUUAUGACUGACCGAGAACGCAAAAUCAGAGGGACUAUGCGUUUCACUACCCCGAGUCUACAAUUCCGAGUCUUGAUUGUUCCGAGUCUUCUGUUUCUGUUGCUGAGCAGCGCGAAAGAGUCAGCCUUCACGUCAAAAGCUCAUGCGGCUACCCGUAGUCCCUGUGAAAUAAGCCAAUCCCUGUCUUUGAGGUCACGCCUCGAAGUAGCUCCCAAUACGCGUACUCAUCAGUCCUGGUACGGCGAGACUUGUAGAGUUGCCCAGCGGCGUGCUCUGUAGCUGGGGUAGAUUAGAUUGACGGUGGAUACUCUAGCAUCUUUCAGCCUAUGGUUUCUGG